AUUGUCGUCUAGUCACGACGACCUUGACUGUAGAUCCCUCAAAGUCCCAAAUAGUCAGUAAAUCCAAAUCUCAAAUAAAAUGUAAUUAAAUUAAAUUAAAUUAAAUUAUGAUGAACACUAAUGUUUCCUAAGCUUUUAUCUUCUUCUCAACAAAUCUCAUCUUCUCUUCUCACUCCGAUCGCUUGCUUGCAGCUCACUCCAUCCUCCUCCUCAUCUCCUCUCCCUUAGAUUCUACAAUUCCUUUCAUACGACAGAGAAAAUGGGAAACUGCUUCCCCAAUUCCUCUACCAAAUCCAAGUCUGAGAUCUCUCCGGCGACGGCGAAACCUACCUCCGCCGUCACCGUGAAACUCUCCGGACCGCCGAACAGCCUCGCAACUUCUUACCUCCGCUUCGCUCUCCUCCACAAGAAAGUCCACCUCCGCUUCGUCCCCUCAGAGGACGAGAAGCCGACAAUCCACGUCGGAGCAGAGACGGUGUCGGGAUCUCAGGAGGUUCUGCUCCGUUACAUCGAGGACAAGUUCCCCGAGCCGAGGCUAAUGCUCUGGAAGUUCAACCUGGAAGGCUUCGACGAGGCGACGCCGCCGAUAGUGAAGACGAUUUGGCUUCAGCACAGGAGCAUGCUGUGGCAUAUGGAGAGGAUGGUGAGGUGGUCGGAGGAUCUAGCGGCACGUGGAGGGAGGAGAGCCGUUGAUCCGUCGGUGGGGACGCCGAAGAUGGAGAUUAGGAAGUUUGCGAAGAGCUAUAGUCAGUUGCAUGAGAUUAUGGUUGAGCAUGCUCAGAUGGAAGAGAGGAUUCUUUUUCCUGUUCUUGAAUCUGUUGAUCGAGGGAAGUGUAAAAGUGCGAAUGAAGAACAUGGGAGAGAGUUACCGAUGAUGAAUGGGAUCAAAGAAUAUAUUAAAUCGAUUGGGGUGAUGAUGGACUCUGGGGUCUGUUCUGAGGAACUCUUUAGUCUUGCUUCUCGUUUCAAAUCAUUACAGAUGAUGUGUAAGGCACAUUUUGAAGAGGAAGAGAAAGAUUUGCUACCGAUGGUGGAAGCUGCGGAGAUGGGGAAAGGUAAGCAGAAGAAGUUGAUGAAUCAAAGCUUGGAGCUUAUGAGAGGGACUCACUCUAACGUCUGUGAUUUUCUACUCCAAGGUCUUACUCCUCAGGAAGCUAUGCAGUAUCUUGACUUGCUCAUGAAUUUUGCUGAUCCUAACUUUAUCUCAUCUUUUAUCUGCCAACAAGACAUUGCUGGCUGAUUUUUUUUUUUCUUCUGGCUCAAAUUGUGAAAAACUGUUAUUGUUCGGUGAAGUGAGUUUGGUGUAAAUAUAGACAGAUUAUCCAUCAGGCUGCUUAGGGGAAGUCAUGACUACACAUGUUACUAUUCAACAACGUUAAUUUGAUUUUAAUCCUGUUCAUUGCUAA